CUGAGACGCGGCUCAGAUGUCUCACACAGCACACACACACACACACACACACUCCAGGUGAGGGACAAGACUUAAAAUCAGCAUGGAGACCAGGACUAAGAGAACAUGGAUGUUUGUGUAUGGCUUCAUGGAGCUCAUGUGUGUUGGCUCAAGUCCACUCUCGUCAGUCAUGUUCACUCGGUCUGGAGUAGGGCUGGAAGCUGUGUUGCCGUGUGAAUGGGGCUCCCACAAUGAAGUGUCAUCUGCAACGCCGUAUAUCCAGUGGCAGACUCUCAGCGACAUGGUGUUUGAGCGAAUGGGCCCUGCACAGUUUCAGGCCCAGGCUUACCAAAACCGCGCUGACGUUCCGGAGAGUGUGCUGGCGAGGGGGAACUGCUCCCUGCAUUUGAGUGACAUUCGCUUUAGCGAUGCAGGAAUCUAUGAGUGUUACCUGGUGGUUGGGAAGUCAGGCAAAAAGAGGCGGAUCUUCAUCCAGAGUGUGCAGCUCUCCGUUCUCGAUCACAAGGUCACGCAGUCUGUGGAAAUGGGGAAAGACCUGACCCUUGACCUGUAUACGCACCAGGCCGAGACGGUGGUGUUCCAGAGCUCCAACACCGCUGAGUGGAAAGAGCUGUGGACGCGAUGGGGAAGCACAGUAGAUCCCAACCCUCGGGUGCAAGAGAGAAACGGGAAACUUGUUAUCAGGAACGUGAGAACCAGCGAUGAAGGAAUGUACAAAGUGAUGGAUGGUGAAGGACUCGCGCUGAGCACUGUGAAGGUUUCUGUUAAAGAACCUCCUCGACCCACAAGGACAGAUGUGAUGGAGAAACGUGUUUCAUUAGAAAGCAGUGUUGGAGUGAACUCUCCCUCCCUCCCUCUCCCCUUUCUCCUCAUCAUUCUCCUGUAUCUCCUCUGACCCUGAAGCUCAUGAUGAUGAUGAUGAUGAUGAUGAUGAUGAUGAUGAGGAGGAGGAGUCCCUCAGUCCCUCACGCUGAGUCCUGCAGUGGCUCAGUAACCACAGGGUUAGCGGUGCUCACUCAGGGCAUCAGGGAGCAAGUGCACUAGAGUAAAGCGCCCUAACCCCGUAUAUGUGCUCCAGAGGUGUUGCGGUGUGAAACCUGUUACAAUCUUAAUGAUGAUGUAGUUUACUGUUAGAAGCUGUUAAAACAUUAGUGUUGGAUUAAUAGCAUUAAUACUUCUAAUAGAAUUUCUGUUAACACACUUAUUUGAAGGGUAUUUACAUCAAAAAAAUCUCAUAAGAUGGAAGAUUUAUAAAAGGUUUAUAUCUAAACUUGUGAGGUGACAUCAAAGUUUGUAUGUAGUGUAACUUUUUUUUUUGCUCUUUUUAUUAUCAGCACAUUUAUGAAGUAUUCGUGUAGGGAUAUAACAGAAUAUGAAUAUGUUAUUCAGAAUGGACAUAAAAUAUGUUUGUAAACAUAUAAAUGCAGAUACAUGUAGAAGGACUUUUUUUUUUUUUUUUCAGAAAGCUUAUCAGAAAGUUUCUCACAGCAUGUUGUUGAGGCUUGAGGUGUGUGUGAGAACUGAGAUCCAACAGGAGUCAACAGAAAAGUCGUUCAAAAAGAGGUUUUUACUUAAAAAACUAAAGAAAGAUGAUCCCUUCCAGUUUAGGCCACGCCCACUUUGGGUUUAAAUCCCAAUACAGAUACAGAGAUCUUUAUAAAUGUGCUGUUAAAAAAGAAUUAAUAAUUUACAUGUAAACACUCUUCAAAUAAAGUGUGACCAAAUUUCCUGUGUGUAUCUUCAUAAUUCAAUAUUUAGUAUUUAAAUAAAUCCAGCUCUGCAUUCUUGCAAGUCCUGUUUAUAAUGCAUGCACUGAGCACUUUAUUUUUUCAUAUAAGCAUAAAUCGGUGAAUUUAUAUCUCAAUGUGUAAAUAAUGUUUCCUUAUUUAUAUGAAUAAAUACAACUGAUUUAAAUGUU